AUUGUUUUAGAAUUUGAUAAAACAAAGUAAAACAUAAAACCGCAUUGCAUAUGAAUACGUAUUAUUAUUUAUUAUUUAUUUUCUUUAAUCAUUGUUCUCCGAGACUAAGCAGUCGUUUGCAUUACAGAUUUGUCCUGUGUACCUAUGUAUUUAUUUUUUUCGCAUUUUUACUUAUACAGUAUACACCGUAAAUGAGUAAAUUCAAAAAACAUUAAGGAAGACCUAAUUCAGUAUGAAACAGUUAAGAACGACUAUUAAUAACUACGAUAAAUUCUAAAACAAACUAUGUCAAAUAGAAGAAAAUGUCCAUAGAAAAAGAGCAAAAAUAAAGGAUCUGCAAUACAUUAUUUAAUUCUAAAAAAGCUUUUGACAAAGUAUACAUUGAUUCAUACCAGUUCAAGGCAAAAGCUAUUUGUGAUUAUUGUAAUAAAUUAUUUCAUAGUAAAUAAUGAUUGAAAUCACAUAAUAUACUAUGUCAUACAGGAGAAAAAACAUGUAAAUGUGAUACAUGUGAUUAAGUGUUUUCUGUAGAUUUAAACUUAGCUGCGAAUACAAGGAUUAUAUACUGGGAAAAGUUGUUUAAAUGUGAUACCUCAAGUGUUUUCUACAGAUUAAAAUUUAGCAGUGCAUACAAGGUCAUAUACUAGGAAAAAGCCAUAUAAAUGUGAUAUCUGUAAUAAGACAUUUUUUUAAGCAGAAAAUUUAAAAUUUAUUCAAACAAAAUGUCAUUCAAUUGUGAUGUAUGUAAUGAAGAUUUUUCUUUAUGUUUUUCUCGUCAUGAAAGCACAUGUGCAAUAGAUAAUCCAUGUAUAUGUGUCAUCUGUUUUAAAGUGUUUUCUUCAGAAUAUGAAUUAACAAAGCAUGAAAAGACACAUAAUGAGGAAAAGCCAUAUGGAUGUGAUAGUGAUGAAACAUUUCCUCCAGUAGAGAAUUUAAAAAGCCAUACAAAAACACAUUCAAACGAAAUAUCAUUCAAAUGUGAUGUAUGUAAUGAAGAUGCUUCUACAUGUUAUACCCGUCAUGAAACAUUUUCUCAAACAGGAACUUCAAAAAGUCAUAAAAGCACAUAUAAAAUAAAAAAGCCAUUUAUAUGUGAUAUCUGUUUUAAAGUUUGUUCUUCAGAAUCUAAUUUAGCAAUGCAUGACAGGAUACAUACUGGGGAAAAGCCGUAUAAAUGUAAUAUUUGUGGUAUGGCGUUUUCUGUAGAAUCAAAUUUAACAAAACAUAUAAGGACACAUACAGGAGAAAUGCCAUAUAAGUGUGAUGUAUGUGAUAAAGAAUUUCCCAGAUCAGAUCAAUUAAAAUGCCAUACAAGGACGCAUACAGGAGAAAAGCCUUAUAAAUGUGAUAUCUGUGAUGAAAUGUUUUCUCACUUAGGAAAUUUAAAAAGCCAUAUGAUGUUACAUACAGAAGAAAAGUCAUAUAACUGUGAUUUUUGUGAUAAAGUGUAUCAUACAUAUUCAGAAUUAUCGAAACAUUCAAGGGCACAUAGUGGAGAAAAGCCGUAUAAAUGUGAUAUCUGUGAUAAAACAUUUUCUUUUAUUGGAACUUUAAAAAAUCAUACUAGGACACAUACAGGAGAAAAGCCAUAUAAAUGUGAUAUUUGUAGUAAAGGGUUUAAAACAUUUUCUGUUCUAUUAGUGCACAAAAGAACACAUACGGGUGAGAGGCCAUAUAAAUGUGAUGUCUGUGAUGAAACGUUUUCUCAAGCAGGAAAUUUAAAAUGCCAUAUGAAGACACAUACAGGGGAAAAGCCUUAUAAAUGUGAUGUCUGUGAUAAAAGUUUUCCUAAUAAUCCUAAGUUGACAAGGCAUAAAAAAACUCACACAGGAGAAAAACCUUAUAAAUGUGAUGAAUGUAAUAAAAGGUUUUCUUUAAAUUCAAAUUUAAUUACACAUAAAAAGUUGCAUGCUAAGAAAAAACUGUUUAAAUGUGAUAACUGUGAAGAAACGUUUUCUCAAGCAAUAGAUUUAAAAAUGCAUUCAAAAACUCAUUCAAAAGAAAUUUUAUUCAAAUGUGACGUAUGUAAUGAAGAGUUUUCUUCAAAAACUAAAUUAAAAGUGCAUAUAAGGGCAUAUCAUCCUAUAUAAUAAGAGAAAAUUCACAUAAAUGUGUCAUCUUUGGUAAAGGGUCUUUUGUAAAAUCAAAUUUAAUAAUGCAUUCAAGGACACAUACUAGAUAAACGUCUGAAUAAUAUUAGAAAUAUAAAUGUGAUUUUUGUGUUAAAAGAUAUACUAACGCAUACAAUUUAACAGAGCAUACUAGGAUACAUAUCAAGAAAAGUCCUUAAAAAUGCAAUUUAUUCUGGGUUCAGUUACAAGAUGGAUAUUAAUGUAAUAUUUGGUUUUCUAGCAUUGAUUGAUGACUAUAUUUGUAAAUCAAAUUUUGUAUUGGUACAUACACAUUUUUAUCAAAAUGAUCAAGAUAUCAUAGCAUUCCCAUAUGUUAUUUAUUAUUAUGUUUAUAUUAUCCUAAUUUAAAUAACUUUGUUAAUAUAUUACUGUAUAUCCUUGUACUUCCUGACACAUCAUGUGAAACUAAAUUAACUGACUCUUUAUUUGAAAGAAUUAAGAAAUUAUUUUAGAAACAUAACGUCUGAA